GAACGUAGCAUUAGUAUCGGCAAGUAUAGAAGAGGGAACCGUUUACUGUUUAUCGAUGUUAUUUGAGCAUUGUUAAUAAUAUAUAUCAUUAAUAAGCAUAAUAAGAUAAUUUUUCACGAUAGUUUUUUUAUGGGUCGCUUAUACGAUAUUUCCAAUAAAAAGGAUCUAGUUGAUCUUCAAUUUGCUGAUCCAGGUACUAUCAAGAUAGAUUGUUCUGGUGCAUACAUUGCGAAUGAUCAUUUAUUGAGAGAACAGUUUAGUAAGAGUCCAACGCCGAGUAUUUCACCAAGUCCCGAAAAUUCAUCAUCAUCAUCGGAAUCUGAUGAUGAUCAAACGAGAGUUUAUGAGAAUAUUGACGUGGAAACUGCAGUUCAGAAUAGUCAUAUAACGUUAUCCAAAGAAGACACCAAGAAUAUCACGUUACCACAGCACAAUUCAGAUAUUAUCCAUAUAAGUGUUGAUAUUGGAGGAACAUUAACCAAGUUAAUUUAUUUCACGAGUCAAUCAAAUGGAGGAGGGAAAUUACAUUUCAGAGAUUUCCAGACGGAAAAUUUCAGUACCGAGGUUUUGAAGUUUAUGAUUAGGUUGAUAACCAAGUCAAUUGAUAAAGAAAGUUAUCCACCAAUUACUUAUAUCAUGGCUACUGGUGGAGGAGCCCAUAAAUUUUACGAUUUAAUGACCAAGACUUUUUCAAAAAAUAAAUUACCAAUGAAGAUUAUAGCCAAAGAUGAAAUGGAGUGUUUAAUCAAGGGAUUGGAUUGGUUAAUUACCAAGAUCCCCAAUGAAAUAUUCAUCUAUGAUUUAAAAGAAAAUACUACGAAAUUUUCAAAUAAAUUAGAUAAACUGAUUUAUCCGUAUUUGUUGGUGAACAUUGGUAGUGGGGUCUCGAUGAUUAAAGUUACUGGACCCGGAAUAUUCGAACGUAUUGGAGGUUCGUCUUUAGGUGGUGGCACUUUAUGGGGAUUACUUUCUUUAUUAACUGAUGCUAAAGAUUAUAAUGAAAUGUUAGAAAUGGCCCAAAGAGGUAAUAACGAAAAUAUAGAUUUGCUAGUAGGGGAUAUAUACGGGGAUAGUUAUAAUAAAAUUGGUUUAAAAUCUUCUCAUAUUGCUUCAUCAUUUGCCAAAGUUUUCAAAAAAUUAAGAUUCAAUAAUAAUGAAAGGAAACUAACUCCUGCAGAAAAAUUGGCUCAGUUCAAGUCAGAAGAUAUUGCAAGAUCCUUGUUAUACUCGGUUUCAAAUAAUAUCGGACAAAUUAGUUAUUUACAAGCAGUAAGAUUUAACUUGAAAAGAAUCUAUUUUGGUGGUAGUUACAUCUCUGGUCAUAAACAAACCAUUCAUACCUUAAGUUUUGCAGUUAAUUUUUGGUCGAAUGGUGACAUGCAAUCUUAUUUCUUACGUCACGAAGGUUAUUUAGGUAGUGUUGGUGCUUUUAUGAUGGGUCCUAAUUGUGACGCUACAAAAUAAUGUCUUUCUUCUGUAUCAUAUUCAUUUAAUUCGUCGCUUCAAUUCUACAUUGUACAUGCAUUGAUGUAUACCCC